AUGUCUGAGCUCAAUUGUAGUGAUACCUUUCCCAUACCAGAUAUGCAUACAAUGUAUAAAAACUUCACUGAUACUCAGUUCCUACUUUUCGUCGUCGCCGGUGCUCUCAACCUUGCAGUAGUUGUUAUCGGAGUUCUACACAUACUAAAUAUAUGGAAAUAUAUAAAUGACGAGAAAAUACGCUCAAAGCUGUACAUCCUCGCAUUGCUGUUUCCAAUAAUAGUUUCUCUUGCGUUCAUUUCUAUGAUUUCACCACGAAGCGGAUCAAUUUUCUCAUCGAUUGGAGUGCUUUACAUCUUGUUUUGUCUGUAUACUGUUACAUCGUUAUGCAGGUUUAUAUACGGUAGUCGUGAAGAACUUUCAUCGGCUCUCAAUCGUCAUGAAGCGUCCCUUAGCUUUCAAGUUCCACCGUGUUGCUGCUGUAUGCCAUGUCUACCGAAAGCAAUACCAAGCGAGCGAAAUCUCAAGAUUGUUGAAUGCCUGACUCUACAAGGGCCGAUUAUUCGGGCUUUCCUUAUCAUACUUAAUUGUCACUUCGUAGCAGAGAAAUGGGAGGAUUCCGAAUUUUAUCUUCAAAUGACUGAGCUUGCUGGAAUCUUAUCGUUGCUGUUCACGAUCUUUGGAGCUCAUACCAUGGCAAAAUUGACAGGGGAACAUGUUAGAAAAUUCAAAGUUCUGACCAUCUUCCGCUUUGUUGACAUCACUUUGGCAUUAUUCACUGCUCAGUUGCCACUGAUAUUCCAACUGAUCUUCGUGAACCUGGGAAUUAUCGAUUGUGGACCAAUAUUGUCCGCCUUAGGCAACGCAAAGUAUAUAUACAAUUUUGUUGUUAUAUGUGAAUUGUCAUUAAUGUCUCUGCUAGCUACACGUCUGCUUCUUCCAGAAAAAUGCGCUCUAUUCGACAAAUCUCCUACACGUUUACUGGAAAUCGCAAGGAGUGCUCAAGAGAAAAUGCUUUCCAAAAAUUAA